AUUUAAAAAUUUUAACGACAAUCUCCGAGAUUAGGGAAUACCGAAUAGGGAAUAAUAGAGUAAAAGUUAUCUGUUUUAUUUUUUUCCAACAUAUUUCUAGUAAGCAUUGAAAGUGGAUAGUUGGGUAAAUUGUUUUUAAUUUUCAGCACAAUGUUGAAUUUGGACACUGAGGUCAAAGAAAUCGAAAAAAAGAUUUUAAAUCACGACGCAUAUGGAAAGCCGUAUAAAUGGUCACCAAGAGAUUUCGAGCUAGGUGCACCUCUAGGACAAGGAAAGUUUGGACGUGUUCAUGUUGCAAGGGAAAAAAAAACUGGCAUCCUUGUUGCGAUAAAAGCACUUCUUAAAUCUCAAAUACAACAGUCAAAAUGUGAAAGACAAGUUUUACGAGAAAUUGAAAUCCAAUCUCAUUUGAAGCAUCCUCAUAUUCUGCGUCUGCUUACAUGGUUUCAUGAUCAGAACCGAAUAUACCUUGUGCUAGAGUUUGCAGCUGGUGGAGAACUCUACAAACAAAUAACAAAUGCGCCAAACCAUCGCUUAACUGAAAGUGUAGCAGCAAGAUACAUUUAUCAGGUGGCAGAUGCAGUUGAAUAUUGUCACAAACAUCAUGUUAUACACAGGGAUAUAAAACCAGAGAAUAUAUUAUUAGCAAUGAAUGGAGAUUUAAAAUUAGCUGACUUUGGGUGGUCAGUGCAUGCACCUUCAGAAAGUAGAAAAACAUUGUGCGGUACACUGGACUAUUUACCACCUGAAAUGAUAAAAAAAGAAAUAUAUGAUGUGACAGUGGACCAGUGGUGUUUAGGUAUCCUGCUGUAUGAGCUUUUGGUUGGGAAACCACCGUUUGAGAGUGAAGGGCAAGACAGAACACAAGAAAGGAUAUUGGCGUUAGACAUGAUUUACCCAGCGUGUGUACCAGAUGGCGCUAGAGACCUCAUUUCUAAGCUUUUACAGCCCUCAGGCAGAAAUAGAUUGUCAUUAGAUGGAGUAAAAACACAUCAUUGGGUCCGAAAAUUCGUAAAAAUUAAACCAAUAAGUCUCUGUUGAAGUGAUUAAUUAACCUUCUGAAUCAUGUACUCAUAACAUCUCAUUUCCGCUUUAGUGGAAAUAACGCGGCAGCUUCGCGGCGCAUCUACUCUACGCUUUGGUGGAUACCGGGCCUAAUGCGAUAGGUACGUACCGUCGGGCGACGUGCCGCACAGCGUCUCUCUAAUGCGGUAUAUUAAUUUAUUUUUAGAAAACGACGUUACAAAUUAUAUUAUAUUUUUGAUUUGAUUUGAUUUACCGACAAACAAAAUUGUUUUAGUACUUAUGUAAAGUUUUCGUGUAAACCGCAUCAAAUACUUUGCUUGAUCUAAGAAUUAGCGGAGACAUUGCCCGACUUUGUAUUUUAGUAUGUACAGAAAAAAUAUUAAAAUAUGUGUAAUUUUGACGAAUAGUUAUAUUACAAAUUAUAAGACUGAAAAUUAUUAUAAGUUCAUUUUUGUGUCUUAAAUAAUAUAUUGCCAAUGUAUACUUAAAAACACUCGUCUAUUAGAAUUUAGUUCUGCUUAAAAUUAUUAAAAGAAC